GUCAAUAUACCUGCUCAGUGCAUAAGAAAUCAGUGGCACAGUGAAGUACAGAGGGUAGGGGCACAGUAAAUAUCUAUUCAUGUUGCGAGACUAUGCACAAUCAGCUGUCUGAGUAGAAUCCCUAGUAGGGCUCUGGAUGAUUGUUAAUUUGUUGACGCGUUUUCCCACUAUUUUUACUCUGGACAUGAUGGCUUUACGUCAGCGUUUCAACCAGCCUAUCCCUCAGUGCGUUAUCAAUGAGUGACUCCUCGCCUGCGUCUUCUUUCCCAAGCUUUACCAUCGAGGUUCACUGGAAUCCUUUCGUCCCGUGGAAAACUACAAUGUUUUUGUACAAAGGCCAAAUGCUGACAGUCUUCUCUGUUUGCUGUUUGGUCCGCUCAGUGGUUUAUACCAUUCGAAAAUGUGGACAUGCCGUCUGUCGGGAUGACGAAGACUGCUGUCCAGUGGGAAAAAACACCACUGGUCCCUGUUGUAGGAAGUUCGAGGACAUGACUUACUACAACAUCUCCAUGGUCACCCGGAAACUUUCUGGAGUUCUUAUCAUGCUCCUUCUCUUCGCUGUGGGAUACUUUAUCCAGAGAGCCUUGUGCUCAAAACCCAGACAGGUUAGCCCCCCACCCAACGGACACCCAGCUGCCACAAUAUCGCAAGAGCCGCUUAUGGAGAUCUGCACAGGGGACAGUCCGAUGGAUCCAGCCGCAUCUGCUCAACUGCCCACCUACGAUGAAUGCAAAAGUCUGCCGACAUAUGAAGAGACGGUGCGGGAUGGGUGCAGAGGAAAGCCCGAAUCCUCUAUGGUGCAAGCUACUUCACAAGGGUGUCAAUUGGGUAGAGCGGUACUGUAG